UUUUGCUGGCCUGGAGUUGAACAAAGCAACCCGUUGCUCACUUCACACACGGGAUCUCAGCUUCUGCCUUCGAGAAGAGCGAUGCCGUUUCUAGAUAUCAGCGUAUGGGAGCAGAACUUUCAAGCACUGAUGCGCCAGGAGAAACCCGGCGUCAAAUGGAGCCUGAAGUUGGAUAACAGCAUUUUCCCGAAUAAGGUGGCAUCGGGGUGGACGCAGUUCCAGCAGAGCGCUGUGGCUCAGUUUUGCUGUUCCAGUUGUUACCGAAGUUGGGCUUCAGUUCAGGUGAAGAUCUUAUGCCACAUAUACUUGGAUACCUGGAAAUCCCAGGGCCAGGUGCUCAUGCGGGUUUUUGCUCAGCGGUGUCAGAAGUGUUCUUCCUCCAAUUUUGAGGUUCCUGAGUUCUCCAAGGAGAGUAUGAUGAUGGUCCUGGAAAGGCUGGCCCAGCAUAUCCUGGAGAGGUACUUUGGGCAUACGCCCAAGAAGACGCCAGUGAUUCGGGGGGUUCGUGUGGGUAAGCCCCAUGAUGCAGCCAAUUGUGAAAGAUGUGCCCUGGGCUACUGCUGUGGAAAGAGCUCAAUAGGAAACAAAGCAACGCCAUCCAAACCCCCUGGCUCUUCCCCAGGGAGUCACUCCUCCCCCCUUCAACCUCCUAAUGGCAAUGGUACGGCUCCAGAGUUAAGAGAUGUGGGUAAAGGGCUUCUUUUUAUCGGUGUUGCUGUCCUGUUUGCCCUAGCGUUUAGAAAAGCCCUAUAAACUACACAUGAUUUCAAAAAUAGGCUUGUCAUCUUCUCUUGUUAUUUUUCUUUAUUUCCUUAAAUUGUGUGUAAGUUGUGCACUGUAUGUAUUCAUGUAACAUGUACAUGUAUGAGAUACAUGUGACCUGUGUAUAUGCCUGCCAAGGUCGGAAGAGGAUGUCUCGUGUCCUCCCUUGGUUCCCUGAGAUCAUGUCUUUCACUGAACCUGGAGGCUACUGUUUUUUGUGUUUUGUAUUUUUUCAGAGAGCAUCUGCAAUCCUGCUGUCUUGUCCUCCUUAGUGCUGAGGUUGCAGGCAUGAGUGGCAUGCCCAGAUUUUCAUAAGGGUGCUGAGAAUUGAACUCAGGUCCUUAUGAUUGCACAGCAUGCUGAGCCAUUUCCCCAUCCCCUUGUCUUGCUUUUGUUCCAUGGUUAUCAGUCAACUGCUAUACUUUGAAUAUGUUAGGGAGCUCGGUUUGUGAUUAAGCAAGGCCAAGUUUAUACAAUAAGUACUUGUUUCAUGGAUUCUCUGAAUAUACUCUGCAAUAUGACAAGCACAUAUUAGA